CUCAUAUACAAAGGGGACAAAAGAGGAGGCGACGAAAUCGUUUACCUGCCCCACCUCUCCCAUGCCUACCGCCGCCGACUCGCCCUCCUCCUCCUCCUCCAAUGCCUCAUCCAUCUUCAUCGCCGGAUCCGAUCCUGACGAGAUUCACAUCGUCGGCACCUCAGGGGUGAGCGUGGCUCACUCAUGGCUCUGUCACUCAUGGAUCGCUCCUGGAUCGUCGACCUUGCAUCCCUCCUCGCCUCGCCUCCCUCGCUGACUCUGACCGCCCCACUCGCUCCCUUAUUGAAUCACCAGCCGAUGCCGGCGCCAUUUCGUCAGGCCCUCGCCUCUCCAUCCUCCGGAUCCGGUGACGACCCUCUCUGCAACUGGCCUACGACACAUUCCAAUCCUCUAACCCCCUAUUGCCCUUUCUCUCGUCCCGCGUCAUCUCCUCCUCCUCCGCCACCGGCGCAGCCAACUCUCCCUCCCUCUCCGGGUUUAGGGCCGUACUCCUCGCCCUCUUUGCCGCCGAGGUCAGAACCCGCGCAGGGAGGCCCGUUCUCCUGCCACAGGCCAUCUUGUCUUCCCGUUGCUGGAUUCAACUGGAUAACAGUACAAGGAAAUCUGCCAAAACUGUAUCUGCUUUCAAAUGAUACUGUCAAUGUGCAACUCACAAAUUCAACUAAAUCAAUCAUAUUUAAAUGAGGAGGUAGUGAAGUAAACCUCUAUAAAUUGGGGAUAAACCUCUACAUCUCCUAUCGGUAUAAAUCUAACUCAGUGGGCGGAUUAUUCUUCCUCCUACCCGCGACCAAGAAGGCGGUUGCAGUGGCGUUGGCUCCUCCGCUCCACUUGUUUCUUUAAAGCGAGCGCGGGGUCUCGACGCAGUCCCACUCCAAUUCCCGUGGCCUGCUCUUGCCUUCUCGCCGGCCGCUCCUCCUUUCUCCGUUCAAUCCUCCACGGAAAAUACGGUGCCCCGACGCCGGAGGCUGCAUUAGCACCGCCGCGGCCCUACAUUUUCCUAGCUACUCGCGCUCUUCGUAAGUGGCUAUUCUGUAAAGGGCCCCCCUUCCUCCCUCGGUUUUGGGUUGGUUCGGUAACCUUUCCGGCGAUGAAGAAGGUCGCCACCAACGAGCAAGAUACCUAUAAUCUCUCGCAAAGGUACGACAUAUCAAUGCUUCUUACUCUAAUGCAAGAGGUUUAUGAGGUUGCUGAUGCUGCUGUUAAGAUAGACUGGAAUGCGCUUGUCGAGAAAACUGCAACUGGAAUUACGAAUGCCCGAGAGUACCAAAUGCUGUGGAGGCAUUUGGCCUACCGUCACCCAUUGCUUGAUAAGAUAGAAGAAGGAGCUGAACCUUUGGAUGAUGACAGUGAUCUCGAGAUAGAAUUAGAAAUUGUACCUCCUGUCAUAGAAGAAGCCUCAUGUCAGGCGAAAGAGUUAGCCGAGAUUGUGUUAGGCUUAAGGGAGAAGACAGAUCUAAAUGCUCCUUUGGCUGAAAAAGGAGUUGACAAGGAGAUGCUAGACGCCGCUCCAGAUAAACAAGCCCCUCAAACUAGCCAUGCUGUUGCUUCUAGCAGUCUCCAGGAGAAGCUGAGCCAGCCAACAGGAGCACCUAUCGUCAGCGGCGUUGAAUCAGGAUUGGAUGAGGCAGCAGAGGGUGUGGUUGGGGAUGUGCAGGGCCUGGUCAGCAAGAAGCGGCGGCUUGGUGAUGGGGCAGAUGAGACUCCGGUUGACUAAAAGCCACCGAAGCGAUAUGGGGCAAAUGAAGUGGUGGGGGACUUCUUGAUCCCUUAACGAUCUCUACUUGUCUAUACAGUUUCAUCAUGGUUAUGUUCCCAUUUAACAUUUCUUUUGUUGCUGUUUUCUAGCCUUCAAAUGAUACUGUCAAUGUGUAACUCAGAAAUUCAACUAUUCAAUCUUUUGAAUGAGAUAAUGAAGUAAACCUCUAUUAAUUGGGGAUGAAAC